AUGACCGCCCUGCGCACAUUGCCGGUGUUCUGGGCAGCGUUCCAUUUUGUUGGCGCACCUGGAAAGCUCAGCGGCGGCGUUGCCAGGCCGCAGUCUCCACCAAUGGGCUGGCGUUCGUGGAACGUUUUCCAGUGCAGCGUGAGCCAGGAAAUCAUUGAGCAGCAGAUGGACGCCUUGAUGGCGAAGCGGGCCGUCGAUGGUGUCCAAACAAGCCUUCUGGACCUCGGCUACAGCGACUUGGGUUUGGACGACUGCUGGCAAGUGUGUGACGCGAAGGGCGAGUCAUUCCACGACCCUGAUACAGGCAUGGCGAUCAUAAACACAGAACUUUUCCCAGACAUGGAGGGCAUGGUCAGUUAUGGCCACAUGAGAGGCUUGCAAGUGGGCUUCUAUGUCAACAACUGCUUUUGCCACGAGCACGGACAGCCGACACAUUAUGCAGAGGAUGCAAACCUCACUGUUAAAUUAGGUUAUGAUUCUGUGAAGAUUGAUUCGUGUGGCAACCAGAGAGACAUGACUGAGUGGCUGCGCGAAUUCGAGUCUCUUGGCAAGACUCUCAUGGUUGAGUCGUGUGGCAACGGCCCGCCCGGAUCUCAGCCCAAACAUGAUGCGAUUCCAUCGACAGCUUGGUUGGAGAUGAUCAACAACACUUGCCCCUUCUCCUUCUAUCGCGUCUCUGACGACAUUGCGCCGCAGUUCCUCUCGACGAUGUACAAUCUCAAUCGCCUGGUGCCGUAUCUGGGAGCUUCCCCACUCUCGCGCCCUGGCUGUUGGGCCUAUCCGGACAUGCUGGAGGUGGGCGUGAGGCUGAGCGAGGCCGAGGCUCGUACGCACUUCGCGGCAUGGUGUGUCACGUCUUCUCCGCUCAUCCUCGGCUUCGAUCUCUCGGACUCGCAGAAGGUGGACGCAGUGUGGCACAUCAUUGCCAACCGAGAGGCCCUCGGGGUGAGCCAGACCUGGGCGGGGCACCCCGGGCGCCUCGUGGCCAACUCCAGCAGGUACUUCGAGGCCGUCUGCGAGAUCGGCGCCGCUGGUGCCGUCACCGCUCCGUGCACCAUCCAUGCCAGAGUGGCAGGUGUGGGCCAAGCCACAGCCGGGGGGCGCGGUGGCGGCACUGCUCGUCAACAUCGCCGAGGCGCCCGUCAACAUCACGGUCGAGCUCGCCGCGCUCGGCCUGCCGGCACGCGCAGGCUGCCGCGACCUCUGGGCGCACGCCGGGUGCGGUGUCGUCGAGGGGGCGCUCCGAGCUGCAGCGGUGCCGCCCCACGAUGGCGUCUUCGUCCUCCUCACGCCCUCCGUGGAGCAGUCUGCUGUUCUGGCACCUCCCGCGGGCCAGCCUGA